AUGCGCGCCCCGGCUACGUCGGAGCCCAACGCGUCCUGGUGGGCGCCGGCCAACGCGUCGGGCUGCCCGGGCUGCGGUGCCAACGCCUCGGACGACGGCACGGCCCCGGCGCCGCGGACCGUAGACGCCUGGCUCGUGCCCCUUUUCUUUGCUGCGCUGAUGCUGCUCGGCCUGGCAGGGAACUCGCUUGUCAUCUACGUCAUCUGUCGCCACAAGCAAAUGCGGACGGUGACCAACUUCUAUAUCGCCAACCUGGCGGCCACGGAUGUGACCUUCCUGCUGUGCUGUGUGCCCUUCACGGCUCUGCUCUACCCGCUGCCCUCCUGGGUGCUGGGCGACUUCAUGUGCAAGUUCGUCAACUACAUCCAGCAGGUGCGCGGGCCGGGGAGACGGACUCGGGGAGUCAAGUGCCGGGAGCGGGGCCGGGCAGGCGGGAGGAGUGUGGGCUCGGCGGCCGUGUCGGCGCCGGUGCUCGCCCUGCACCGCCUCUCGCCCGGGCCGCGCACCUACUGCAGCGAGGCCUUCCCCAGCCGCGCGCUGGAGCGCGCCUUCGCGCUCUACAACCUGCUGGCGCUCUACCUGCUGCCGCUGCUCGCCACCUGCGCCUGCUACGGGGCCAUGCUGCGCCACCUGGGCCGGGCCGCCGUGCGCCCCGCGCCCGCCGACGGUGCCCUGCAGGGACAGCUGCUGGCGCAGCGCGCGGGCGCCGUGCGGGCCAAGGUCUCGCGGCUGGUGGCGGCCGUGGUCCUGCUCUUCGCCGCCUGCUGGGGCCCGAUCCAGCUGUUCCUGGUGCUGCAGGCGCUGGGCCCGGCGGGUGCCUGGCACCCCCGCAGCUACGCCGCCUACGCGCUCAAGACUUGGGCGCACUGCAUGUCCUACAGCAACUCGGCUCUGAACCCGCUGCUCUACGCGUUCCUGGGCUCCCACUUCCGACAGGCCUUCCGCCGCGUCUGUCCCUGCGCGCCUCGACGCCCCCGCCGGCCCCACCGGCCUGGACCCUCAGACCCCGCCGCCCCCCACGCCGAGGUGCACCGCCUGGCCCCUGCCAGGACGCCGAAGCCGGGGAGCG